CAGGCUUGUGGUGGGCUGUUUGUCUGCGUGAAGCUGGCAUGGCCUCCCGUUCCCCUGCAUCUGUUCCCCAUUAGCAGAGAGACCGAGAGUAUAAAGCAGGGAGCUGACAGGGGCUGGGAACACUCGAGUAUAGCUGCCUGGAUCAUGGGGUUUACUAUCUGGCUGUGUGCGCUCUGCCUGCAGGCCAGUCUACUGUCACACGCCCUCGACUGCUCAGCCGCUCAGGGAGAGCUGUGUGUGAGCGCACAGACCGCAGACGCUCAGUAUGAGGACCAGAAGCAGCAGAGGGCACUACCCUUACCUGAAGGACUGGUUUUGUUCAGACGUAAGAGACAGUUGGAGAGGAGGGGUCCCACCCACAUGAGCCACAACAGCCUGCCGGGGGCCGUCACCGCCAAAGGCUUCCCGAACUCUCUCAUCCAGGCUGAUAGGUCCAGGCGGCACUUGAAGAAGAAACCGCGUAAAUCCCGCGCCGGCACCUACUCUCUCCUUAGCAACGACAAGACAGCCCCCCUACAGGUGAUCAGAGUGAGACGACAGGAGAAGCUAGAUCCUCCCAAGAGGGCAAACACCGGACGCUCCGGUGCCUUCUCUGUCCUGGGAGAUCCUCAGGCUGAUGGUCAGAGCGAAAGACCCAAGAGGAGCACACAGAAGAGGAGUGCAGGAAAAUGAAAAGCUAUUUUUAAUUUGGCCUGAAAAGGGGGGUGCACAGUUCAACAGAGUCUGAAAAACCUGAUGAAAAGACUGGUGUGAAAAUGACAUUUAGACAAGGUCUCCUGUGCUAACUUUUAGUCAUUCCGAUAUGUUUCACCUGUUAGUUUAUCAGCCACUUACGGAUACUUUAUUAACUAUUUUAAGUUUCUAAUAUAUUCCUGCAUGUUUUCAAAUAAACCUCCACAAAUGAUCCCGUAUUAAUAUUAUAGUUUGCCAUGUUGUUGUAUUUAAUCACAGAUUCCUCGGGUAUAUUUUUGCAGAAAUGUUUCUUGUGUUGUAUCAAAUUUCAAUAAAAGUUUAGUAGACA